GGCAAGUUAUCUGAAGCUUCGAACAUUAAACAAUGCAGCAAUUUGCAUUAGACAACACUGACCCUCACUAAUUAUUUAAUUAUAUUUGUGCUAAUCACAGUUGCUAAUGAUUGCAUUCAACUUAGCCCUCACUAAUCAAUCCAGUGUACUAGUACCAUACUCCCGUCCCUGUGUCCUGUCUCGCUCUUACUGCUGAUUCGCUGAACACCUGAAAACCUCCUAAGAAACCUUCGCAAAAAAUAGAUCCUAAGAAGCUAACCUGACAAAUGGGCCCAAAAUGCUAGCGUCAACAAAGCACAAGGGAAGGGGAAGGGAUUGCUUCGUAUUCCGACUUCCUUUUACCGCCGGCCCCGAAUUCCCCCCCUUUCCACACCUGCGGCAGCGAGAGAGCCCAAAGGAGUAGCAAAAUCCGGUGCCGCGGCCUGAUUCCAGAAGUUCCUUGCAUCGCGGCGUCGGCGUCGAUCGAGCGUAGCCUGCGCAUUGGUCAUUGGUGUCGGUCGCGCGGUGCGGCGCUCGUGCGAGAUCGAGGCAGAGCAAUGCCGCGUCGGUAGGGAUGGCGGCAGCGCCAUGGCGAGGGGCAUAGCGCGGGCGGUGUCGUUCGGGGGUCGCGCGACCGCAGGCUGGUGCUCCUACCGUCGCGUCACCGUGGCAGUCUGCCUCGGCAACCUCGUCGCCGCGCUGCUCGUGCUCCGCUCCCUCACCGCCCCCGCCUCCUUCGCUCCAACCGCUCCCAACCCCGGCGGAGUGGUGCAGUACACGGAGGAGCAGAUUAAAAGGGUGGAGGAGUCGAUCCGAAUCCGCCACCAGGCGGAGCCUGUCGAGCUCGUGCAAGCGGUGAAGAAGCUGCAGAAGGUUUUCGCGCGAGAGGAGAAGCGGCGGAAGAAGCUGCCACUGGUGCUGAAGCAGAAGAUCUCGUAUGAUAUUGUACACCGGCUGCAGGACUUGGGGGACAACGGCAGCCUUGCUCAGCAAAGAGAAGUUGUCGAAUCAUGGCGUGCUGAGAAGUUGAAAGACAUCAAAAGUGCAUCUACUCAAAAUCAGUCAAGUUUGGACCUAUCCAAUGAGGAAACUAGAAUGUUAAAACGAGCCCUGGAGUUCAACUGGCGUAUGCUUAUGGAGGAUAUUGGCCUUUGGAUACCAGAGGAAGUCACACAUACUGUACAUGAUGACAAACCUGAAAAUGAACCAGAAGAACAAGAGAUAAUAGCAGGUCCACCUUUGUCCCCACAAUGUAAUGCUGAGCUACAUACUGAUUAUGGUGGUGCUGCUGUUAGAUGGGGCUUAACACACCACAAAGAAUCAGCUGCUGAUUGUUGUCAAGCUUGUCUCGAUCAAGCUAAGAAUGCAAAGCCAGGGGAAUUGAAGUGCAAUAUAUGGGUUUAUUGCCCAUCGGAAUUUGGAUGCUACUCGCCAGACAAAUAUGAACAUAAACAUCAGGAGUGCUGGUUGAAACAGGCUGACCACCCCAAACUGAACUUCAAAGACAAGUAUUCAGAGUCUUACAGAGAUGUUCAUCCCACCGCUCCUGUUGUUGUGCCAUGGAUGUCUGGUGUCAUCAGUGCAUGAGCAAUCAGUCUCCCAACAGCUCAAUUGAGAUUCUUGCUGAUGCAAAUGCAACCUCAACACAGCCAUACAACUUUUCUUUUGUUUUCUUCUUUUUUUUUGCCACUAUACUGCUUUAUUUUCCUCCUUCUUUCUGACCCAGCAUAUACAAUGUAAAACUUAGCUUAGUCAACUAGCGAAAGUUUUUGAGGGAUGAUGUUGAAGUACAAAUGCACAAUCGGAGUUGGUGGUGGUCAGCUCAAUUUAGUGUUUCAUUUAUCGGUGGUCUUCCAAUUUA